AUGGGAAGUGGAGUCCAGGAACUGACAGGAACAGACAGUGAUCGUGACAUAACGCCCCCCUUCCGGAAGGCGCGUCCUCGCGGCGUAAAUGGCACAGAUAGGGAGGGGGGGUGGGUACAUUGGAGACCUGUUGGCAGACGGGAACGGGGUCUCCAAUGCAGGUCCAGGAACUCGGGCAGCCACGGGGGGUCAGGUGCCACGGGCAGCCACGGCGGGUCAGGUGCCACGGGCAGCCACGGCGGGUCAGGUGCCACGGGCAGCCACGGCGGGUCAGGUGCCACGGGCAGCCACGGCGGGUCAGGUGCCACGGGCAGCCACGGCGGGUCAGGUGCCACGGGCAGCCACGGCGGGUCAGGUGGCUUAGGCAACCACGGCGGGUCAGGUGGCUUGGGCACCCACGGCGGGUCAGGUGGCUUGGGCACCCACGGCCGGUCAGGUGGCUUGGGCAACCACGGCCGGUCAGGUGGCUUGGGCACCCACGGCAGGUCAGGUGGCUUGGGCAACCACGGCAGGUCAGGUGGCUUAGGCGGCCACGGUAGGUCAGGUAGCUUGGGCGCCCACGGCAGGUCAGGGUCCGUAGCCGGCCACAGCAGUUCACAGGCGGUUGAAGACCGUGGGCGUGUAAGGUCCCCACCCGCAAGCUCAAGCAAUUCGGAGGCCGCUGAUGAUCGCGGCCGUGCAGGGUCCCCACCCACAAGCUCCCCACCCUCAGGUAUAUGGCCCCCCCCCAAAAAGUUCUUGGGGAAUUCAACGGAGGCCGUGGCGGUUUCGUGGGUAAGGAGCUCGGGUGGCGCCGGCAGGGCGAGGAGCUCGGGUGGCGCCGGCAGGGCGAGGAGCUCGGGUGGCGCCGGCAGGGCGAGGAGCUCGGGUGGCGCCGGCAGGGCGAGGAGCUCGGCGACGGCCUCCGUGGCCGUAUCAGGAAGAGCGGGCUGCUCUGGGACGGCAGCGGACCGCUCUGGGACGGCCUCCGGGCUUACAACGGGCUCUGGGACGGCCUCCGGGCCUACAGCGGGCUCUGGGACGGCCUCCGGGCCUACAGCGGGCUCUGGGACGGCCUCCGGGCCUACAGCGGGCUCUGGGACGGCCUCCGGGCCUACAGCGGGCUCUGGGAAGGCCUCCGGGCCUUGAGGGAUGGAGGAAGCCUUCUUCCUCCUCCUCCUCCGUUUACAUGGUUGAGGCGGUGGCUCUAUGCCUACCUCCUCUGAGGGCGCUGCAGCGGGCUCACGGGUUGGAGCGGACUCGCGGACUGGAGCUGGUUCUGGAGUGGACUCACUGGCUGGAACGACCCCUAUGUUCCCAGACACUGGCGGGGCGGCCAUCUUGCCCGUGGGCACUGGCAAAGCGGCCAUCUUGUCCAUAGCAUCCAGAGAAUUUGAGUGCGUGGCAACCGGCGAGCUUGAGUGCGUGGCAACCGGCGAGCUUGAGUGCGUGGCAACCGGCGAGCUUGAGUGCGUGGCAACCGGCGAGCUUGAGUGCGUGGCAACCGGCGAGCUUGAGUGCGUGGCAACCGGCGAGCUUGAGUGCGUGGCAACCGGCGAGCUUGAGUGCGUGGCAACCGGCGAGCUUGAGGGCGUAGCGGCCAGCGGGCUUGAGUGCGAAGCGGCCGGCGGAGGCUUAGGAAUGCCAGCCGCUCGUGCUGAAGUCAGCGGUGGAUCAGCCACACUGGAACGCAACCCACUCCGCUCCCAAACAGAUCCAGAGACGUGAUGUAAUUCUAGAGGAUCAACGGAGACUUGACUUGGCUCUGGAAGAUCAGCAGAGACAUGAUGUGAUGAUGUUGUGGCCGCCAUUUUGUGAAUGCUCUCUUUAGAGGCAGCCAUUACAUGGGGGAACGAGGUGUCGCGUUCCUCCGCGACACCCACAGUAAACAGUGAACCAACAGUAAGCAGAGCAAAGUCCAGAAAUUCCACGAACGACCCUCGGGGACCAUUAAUAAGUAAGUAGUCCUUCAAUGGUUCGUUUAAUCCAUAGCCAAAGAAGUCAAUGAGGGCACAGUCAGGCAGGUCAGAUAAAUAGGCAAUGUCUAGAAACUUCUGAAUGUGGUCCUCGAGUGUAGAAUUACCUUGCCGAAGGCGGACGAGACGUAUUGCUGGGUCCAUGCUGGGGCUGGAAGCGCUCGUAGAAGCUGCUGGAUCGUUUGAUGGCGAAGUCUUCUGUAAUGAUGGGUCGAAUGCGUGAGGAUCCAUUUGCAGCUUGUUUAUUAAAAGUACUUAGAGAGUAGACAGGGCAAAGGCAGAGACACUAACAGGGACAGGCAAUGGUCGAGGCAGGCGGCAGACAAGCAGAGUAAAGUCACAGGCAAUGGUCAGGGCAGGCGGCAAACAAACACAGUCCAAUAAACAGUCCAAUGGCAACAGAAAUACAAUCCACAAGAAAACGCUCAGAAGUGAUCACCGGGGCAAAUCAAGACUUCGCCAAGGGUGUGUGUGUGUGUGUGUCUUAAAUAGUCCAGGUAAUGAUCUGCAGGUGUGUGUGGCAAUUGGUGAUUGGUGCAUGUGAUUGGAAGGGAGGAUUAUGGGAAGUGGAGUCCAGGAACUGACAGGAACAGACAGUGAUCGUGACAGGUAUACAGCACUUAAAUACGUGUUUAUAUUGUGAACAAUUCAUCAGUGCACAUUAUUCCACAGAAAAAAAAGUUUAUCCUUGUAUCUUUCUACACCUUUUCAUCUGACGUCCCUAAUGCUCUUAUGCUCACGUUGCAUUUAUUUGAUAAAAAUACAGUAAAAACAGUAAUAUUGUGAAAUUUUUUUAAGGAUUCGUCCUUGGAAUAAAAGUACUAAUUUCUUUCAAAAAAUAAAUUACUGACCCUAAAUGUCUGAACAAUAGUUUAACCCUGUUUUACCCUUGUAUAAUGACUUAAUGUAUUUAUAUCAGUGAAAUGCAUUUUUGAUGUAACAUCAACAUACUGACUCAUAUAUGCAAAAGUCUUAACAGAGACUGCAUUACGCAUGCCAGACAAUUAGUUGGCGAUGUCACUUAGUAAAGAAAGAUUACGCACCUGCGAAUAUGCAUUCUUUAUACAGUGCACUCACGCCAAACACGCAUGCCUAUCCACCUUACUUUUAUAGUUUACUGCACUUUGAUAUUCUUCUUUUUAUCAAAGUCCCUUUAAGAUAAGUCGUUUCAAUCGGCGGCCAUCUUUGAAACGCCUCUCAGGCAUGCAAGUGCAGCUCCUAUCUCUUUAAAUGUGAAAACAUCAAAUUCUCCAAAGCUUUUCGCCAACCUUUCGAUUAAAUUUCAUAUUUGAAAUCACCAAUGAAAUCUGACAAAAUGAAUCAUGACAAAAAAACUGCAUUUUUCAGGCUGGUUCAAGCUAAUGCGCAUGCGCAGUACUAAGCACGUCUGACUGUUUCUAUAGGGUAUAGGUGCGUUCACAACACCUCGUAAUUCCUGUAAUUACGAGAUUCUAGCUUGUAAAAAGUGUUCACGUCCUCGUAGAGCUCGUAAUUACAGAUUGUAGGCUGGGAGUUUUCUGAAAGCUCCCAUGUGUACCACGUGGCUGCUGUACCACCUGACCGCUGUAGAUUAAUUUAGGCGUUCAUAGUGGUGCCAUAGAAACGCAUAAUUCCCAGUCCGAGGACGUGAACAGCUCCGAAUAUAACGUCAUGUGUUGUCAUCACAAGAUUCCGGUAAAUACGAGGUGGCGUGAAUGCAGCAUAUAUGUCGAAUGUCACAUGACCAAACCAGAAAACUGGUAUCAUUGCAUCCGCUUGUCAGAGAAAGUGUUAACAGCAGUAUGAACUGAUGGCAUAUCUAUGGACUUUUAAGGUAAUCAGCGAAACUCCCUAGUUCAUAUUGUUAUAGGUGUUUUAAUCUAUUAAAUAUCUAAACAUUAGUGUGAAGAAGAAAAAUUAAAAAAGCUUUUAAAUAUCAAUCUACAUAUGCGGGGGACAUCAGUUAUGCUCAUCUUUGCUUGCUCUUUUAAUUGCUGUUUUAUUCAAGUUAUCUUGAAUAAAACAGCAAUUUUUUUCAUGAAGCACAUACAAAAGACCUAAACCGGAAGCGAUCUGAUCUGUUUUACAGAAUACAGAAGUUAGAUUGCGCAUAACCCCUAGAGGAACCAGAGCUUCUAACGGCCACUGCAGUGACGCGAUGACUUUACCAAUCGGCGGUUGGCUCUUAUUUAGAAGGCGGGACUUAUUCUGCCAUAUUGUGCAUUGCACUUUCUCCCAUUCAUAAUAAUACGAGUGCACCGUUUUUCUAUAUUUAAAGUCUUUGUUAUUAUUUCCCUGUAGCGGCUGAUAAAUUGGAAGUCUCGCACAUUCACAGAAAUACUUUAAUUCCACGUUGACAAAUAAGGUGGGUAGACUAAACACGUAAUAUGCAUGUGCCUGCUGUCACCGUUUUCACAGAUUCGCGUUUUUGCAGUUCUGAACGGCCAAAACGCAUAAAAAGUGAUCCGUUUUUAGUUGAAAAUGGUGUCGUGUAAACAGCCCCUUAGAUCAGACAAGUGGUUAAAGUUUGUGGAUGCAACAUAACAUCUGAAUGAGAAGAAAAAAGUAAGAGAAGGUGAGGAAGAGAUGAGCUGAAGCACAUUGAGUCAGUGUGAUGGUGCUCAUGUUAGCAUCACGACUUUCUGGCCAAAACAAGCACAUCAUGCUUCUCUCCCUCCUCUUUCUGCUGUAAAGAAAAGAUGCCACUGCUCUCUCUGCAUCUUGAUGGAGUCCUUGCAAAGCAGUGCUGUUCCUGUCAGCAACACUGACAAACAGAGCAGCAUGAACUGGGAAAGUCGCUAGGGAGAGAUGACAAGAGCUGACUCAACAUCUCUGUGUAACAUUGUUUACAAACCAGCAAAAACCAGGGUCACAAUACACAUGGCAGAAAUAAAAUAUACAGCUAUAUAGAUAUUAGGCCUGUCUAUUUAAAUGUAAUCAAAUUAAUUAUGAUAUGCUGAAUGAAAUUAAUCUCAAUUACUCACAAAUGAAAAUAGUUCAGUGUUUAUAGUAGUAAAUUAAAAUAGUUAUGAAAAUAGUUCAGUGUUUAUAGUAGUAAAUUAAUAAAUAGACAUAACAAAAGGUCAAUAUGUUGUUUAAUUUGCAAGUAUUUUUUUUUUUUACUUUUUAUGUUUGAAUCAGGGGUUAAAAUUUGUAUUAGAAUUAACACAUAGACACAUAGAUGCAAACUCCUCACCUUUUGGUGAGAAUUCACCUUUUUGAGAUCAAAAUAGGUCACCCACGAGAUUCGCGCAGAUCCGAUGAGAAAGUGUUGUAGCGAAUCAGUACAGGUAUUUAAUUAAUUUAUGGGUGAAAUAUAUGAAUAUAAUAAAUCAUAAAGCUUUAUGAUUAAUUAUAAUACAUAUACCGACCCGAGAGGGAAUUAUACAUAUAUUGUGAAUUAAUUACAACGAAUUAUAAUCAAUCACAUAUAUGAUUAGUUCUGGUUUGAUAAUAAUUUAGAGAAACUAUUAGUUUGUCCAGCAAACCGUUAGCUCCUCAUAGCCGAUUAUAAAAGGAAGGUUUUUCUCUGGCCACGAGAAAGACUUCCUAUUCUAGCAUCAAUGCGUAAAGCAAGGAUACUGGAUCGAAACGUUAAAGUGACCUGGGUUUGUUGCAUGAGCAAAAAAAAAACAAUCGAGCAUGAAUAUAAUGUAUUUAAUAUAUGAAACUACGGAUACAGAGGCUAUACUACUAAACAUACACAAACAAUACACAUAUAUAGAAAGCGAAAGUAAAGUCAAGAAAACAGAGGUGAUCAAAGGAAUGGCAACUUACUAACAGUUAAAACCUUUGAGAGCCAGCAAGGAAACUCAGCUUACACAUCGAGCUUAAAACGCUUUGGAAAGAAUGGUUCUAUACUUGCAUAGGUUCAGGUGCUGUGGUCGUUUCGUGUUUCUGCAGGAGUUUCGGUGCGUGCGGCUGAAGCGAUUGGUCCUUUUCCGAGAAGGUUUUCUUCGGCGGGAUUUUCAAACAAGGGUUUAACUUAAGAGUAAGAUAACCGGAAAAGAAAGAAAAAGAGUCCGUCUCCUAGGCGAUGAAGAGUGAAGACUUAGGGCGACGGAUGAAGAGGGUUUGACAAAGAAACUUGUUGCCAAAAGAUGGUCGUCCCGAAGAGAGGGGGCGCGUGAUGGAAGCGCGGUCGCCGAGACGUCCGGGAGAGACGUGUGUUAAAUGGCGAGAGACAAUCGAGAGACAAUGAGAGAUGCGUGUCGUUGUGUUUUAAGGACAACAGGCCAGAACGCCUCCUGGGAUACAUCAGCCAAUGAUGAGGGUGCGAUUUUGGCGGGCAAACUCUUUCUUUGUCUCCAUUUAUGACCUAAUUUGCAUGGUUUGCGAAGUGUCCGAUCUGAGUACAUUUUCUUCAAAGUACCAUUAAAAAUAGAAGAAUGCAUUUUACAGUCAUGUGACAUACAUUUUCAAUUAGAGCAUAACGAAAGCUUUACAAUGAGACCAAACUUGUCAGAUGGCAAAGACAUAAAAGGUGAGAUACAGUUUAUACUUGAGUUUUAUCGUUUAGAAGAAAACUAAUACAACUACAGUCAUAGCUAAGCUUAUAUACUAGGGAUAAAUACAUGCACCUUUAAAUACAGCGACGGGUACAUAUUGGCACAGUCAUAUUUGGAGGAUAAAUGUACAUUCACAAUCUCCAUGCGUGUUUGUGAGUGUCUGUAUGUGUGUGUGUAUUGGGGUUGUGGCCAGUGUCUGUGACCAUAUCACCUUUAGUCCCACCAGGGUGACUCUUUGAAGUCUCUGGAGCUGGUGAGAAUAUGUUCUGUUUUUCUUUACUGGGGUAACAAAGGUGCCAAUGGGGCAAUUGGUCCCGGACUUGCCGGAGCCGAUUCGUGAUUUACAUGCACAGUUCAGGAGGCUAAAAGCAUUCUGAAAUGUCCAACGUUGAUUGACUAGCCGGAUCUAUCCAGACGCUACAAUCCCCCUUUCGGCCAACGAAGUUCCUGUGCGGACUUCGUUGGACGGUAACAAGGUUCGAUGGCACAUGGAUCCGGAUGGUCAAGCAGCAGGUGGUUCCUACUGGUUCUCUGUCCAUCUCGAUGAGGCUGGGCAUUUUCUUUGCCUUGAAACUUCCUCUCCUCUGUCUCCUUUUGAAGCCUUGAGGAAGGGCAGAUAGGCACUUGUCCAUGGACUCUUGCAUCCCUUUGGUCCCUUCGGAUAGGAUGGAGGCCAGGCCCAGGGUGAGUGCGUACUUGAUUGCUAUGGAGAGGCAGAGGGCUGUGUCAGCAGCUGUCCAAGCCUGGGCUAUAGGUGAGCUGGUCAGGACGGGCAGUCGGGAGAGUGCUUGGAGGGCUGUAUCAACGGGAGUAAUGUCAAUUAGCUGGGACCCCCUUUUCUCAAUCAUCAGUUCCAGUUCUGGAUCUAAGGUGUGGUUGUGAUUUCCGGUUCUGACGGGUCCUCUUCGCUUGAGAGACGGUACACUGCCAGAUUGUUGAGGUGAAGGAUGGAACCCAGGGGUACCUGGAUCCACAUACUUUGAUUGGACAGGCUGACACGAGUGGCCGUGUCGUGCUGAUUGUAGGUUAGGGUGUUGAUGCGAGUGGGGGUGUGGACGAGCAGUCGAUCGCCCACAAUCUUGGCUUGUGUUCCGAUGACUGGGGUGUGAGGCUUGGCCUCGGCGGGGCAGCGUGUGUCGCUGAUCACGGGCUGCAACCGGCAGAUUCCUUCAGUGUGUUCUCUGAGGGAAGGCUUGUUAGAGCCGAAGCAGUGAAUGUCUGUGGUCAAAAUGCACCUGCUCAAAUGGGGAGCCAGAUACAGCUGUGGGUCGCUGUAGUGGUAGACUACCACAUCUGAGGUAUGUAUCUUGGGAUGGAUGUUACCUUGCCACCACCUGACAUUGACCUUGUCUUUGGGUCUGUAGAUGUUAUCUGGUUCACCGAUGGGUGGAUUGAGAAGGACGCCCACCUCAUUCUGCUCUGGGUUGGCGCGCAGUAGGAUGGCAGCACCCAGAGAGUCAGCGAUGUGGGCUGGAACAGUCUUGGUGGGUCUGCCAGUAGCAAAGUCCAGCAUAGUUUGUACAGGGUACUGAGGAAUCCUAUUUACAGCCACGCUCUCCAUAGAGAAGCUAACUUCUCGCAGCAGGUAUGUUAUCAGAGCUAUACCCAGCUGACUUUGGGCAAAGUCAUUUUGGAAGACUGUAAACAGUUGCUUCAUUGAGUUCACCGUUUGGGUCAGCAGGGAACUGUGAGUACCGAGAACCACCACAAUACCUUCCCAGGAUUUGCCGAUGGUUUGCAGGGUUUGACGCUGCUUUGCGAGUUGUUUUCUCAGCUGUGGGCGGAGCUCGUCGAGGUGCUGGUGAGUGGAGUAGGCUGUAAUGAUGCUGGGGUCUCCUGGUUGGUACAGGUGCACCGGCAGCGUCACCUGCCGCGCCGUCAUUAGUUCAGUGGGGGACACCUGAGUUGACUCCGGUAUGGUGUCCGUGGUGGCUAUGAACCCCAGAGGAAGUUUUACAUUCCAGUCUUUCUGGUUGACUGACCAUGAGAUUGUGACUCCUCUGCGUUGCAGUGGGGUUCUGGGAUUUGUGUUUGCAGUUUGGACUUGACAGCAAACCUGACAUCCUCUGGCAUCCUCUGCCACAUCCUGCUGCAUGCUGGGCCAGUACGCCACUUGUUUUAAUGUCUCAUCAGUGGUUCUGGUGCCAUGGUGUCUGGCACAUGGUGUGUCGUGGGCGUAUAUCAGUUCACCCCCCUUUUGGCCUUGUGGCAUUACAAGCUUUGGCGCUGUGAGGUCGUCAAGGACAUGUUUUAGGAUGUUUAGUCCCACACGCAGCAUGUGGUUGAUCCCAUGCAGCCGUUUGUGGCUAGGGGUCGCCGUGGGACCAGAUGCCGUGAUCGGGAGGUUGGAGGGGUUUGAGUGGUGGUUUAAAAUAGUUCGUAAGGAAGUGUUGGUAAUUUUGGUUGUCAGUGGCAGUGGCCGUAAGGCGGGAAAUGUUGCAGGAACAGAACGCUGGCUGCAGGUUGCUGCUGCCACACUAAGGGUGGGUGACUGGGGUGGGGGUGACCGUAGAUUGUUAUGCAGCGUGCCAGUCUUGGCACGGGCAGUAGUUUGGUCGUUUGCACCUUUGCCACGCCCUGGUUGUUUUGAAUGUCUGUUCACCUUUUCCCAGUAAACGAUCAUGUCAUGUGUUUGGGUGAUGUCAUCACGUGUUUGGAACAGGUGUUGAUGUUUCACCGACAUGUUGUAUUCAGUCCUGAAAUUAGUUUGUUUCCAGCCUGGAAGAUGGCAUGUGAAACUAGGUCUGGCAUUGCAUGAGUCUGUGCAAAUGAGGAGUUCUUUGAUGUUAUGGGCUGAGGCAACUUGAAGGGUUAUGAGAGUAGCUGCUACUUCAACAUACUGACGUGACUGGGGACCCCACCUGAAGUUCUGUGGUUGGCAGGGUUGGUUGUUGUUGUUGGGGUACUUCUACCUCAAAUGUCAAAGCUGGUGUGUUGUUUAGGGUUUGACCACGUCUCAUGUUGAGCCGAACAGCACCCCCUUUGGUGUAAGCUGGUACUACAGCUUCCUGUAUGUUGAGCAGGAUGCAGACCUCUGGGAUGGUCUGGUCUGACAGGAAAUUGGCAGUGUUGACGGGAACAACAGGGGACUGUAAAGUCAUUGGAGCCCACACCAACUCAUUAGCACUGUCCAUAUGAGCCUUAGGGUGCAUCAGGGAGUCCGGAAAGACCAGGAAGUGAUGGGUUAGACGCAGGUCAUUCCAUUUCAAGUUCAAAACGCAGAUGUUUUUGGCAGUCGUCAUGGUUGGCAGACGAAAGUCCAAUGGGAAGUGUGUGUGCUUGUUGACACAUGGGAGGUUCGGUGUUCCCUCAAUAAGAGCACUUAACAGCGUGUGGCUGAAGGCUGAGUUGUCUGCCCACAGUGUGCGAAUAAUGUCUGUUGUAGUCACAUCAUUCAGCUGUGAGUCUGUGGUGACCUUGGAACAGAAGGAGUUAAAGUCUAUGGUGAGUUUGAGUGUGCAAGAUAGCGAACUUGAACUUUGCCCUGAGACGGGGUUCCCGCGGCUAGCUGCAAGAUUUCCCGUGACCUCUGUGACCUGACAGUCUGGCUCAGGUGACCUGGGUGACUGGAAGGGCAACGGUUCUCGUACUUGAGCCCAAAUUUUCAGCUGUCUGAAGUCCAAUAAGGGCUCAAAGCGAUCUAGCAAGUCUUUGCCAAUGAGCAAGGGAAACGUGUCCAUUGGUGAAAUGUAUACGGGGUGUACCAAGCUCAUUGGCCCGAUGGUUAGAUGAAUGGGAGCUAUUUGUUCAAGUUGGACCUCAUUUUGGCUGUACGACUGCACAUUUAGCUCACAUCUUUGUGGUUUGAGAGUUCGAUUUUGUCUCUUGGCUUUAUCUCUGAGUAUUUCAAAGAGGUUAGUUGACAUCAAAGUGAGAUCUGCUCCGGUGUCUACGAGCGCUUCAAUUCUCACAUCAUUUUCCACAGUGAUGGCUAUGUACAGCUUUCGGGCCACCCCCUUUUCGAUAAGGUUCCCCAGGAGUCUUGGUACCGGGGCUUGGGUGCUGACCGGUAAGCAAGUGGGGCUGGUGUCAUGUGGUUCGUUAGGGAGGCAGACAACCAGAACAGCACUUUCUGGUAACUUGGAGUCUUGGUCAUCGGUGUGAUGAUGUGAGUUGGUUGGCUCUGGAUGUGCAGUUGUCAGCUGAGGUGGCUGGGUGGCGCGGUCACUUAGUGAUGCGUUAACUGAUUCUGUGGUUAGUGGCUGGUCAGCAGUGAUUUGGGUGUGAGGUUCUGUCGGAGGUUUGUCAGGGCAGACGUUGGGGGUAGGUUUCCGUCCUAGUCAUAAGGAGUUUGGCUUGUCUUUCUGGUCUUCCUUACGGUGCUUUUCCUGAAUCAGCUCUUUUAGGGCCUUCAGGAUCUCUGCAGACUCAGACAUAGCUGCACUGUUCUGCUCCUGUGAGCGCUCGGACUUGGGCUUGUUCGGUGCACGUCGAGGGGCAUUCUGUCUUUGGCGGUCGGGGCUUGAAGUUCUGGCCGAUGAAGAUCUGCCAUUUCUGGGUCGCCGGCUGGCCUCCCAUGUGGCACUGCCUUUUGGGUUGCUGGGUAACCGGGACUUGUCCCAGACUCUUUCAGAACGCCCAGUCUGGUGCUUGGGACGGACACCCUCGUAGUGAGGCUGCCCUCUGUUGGCCGGGAACUGUCUUGACUCUCUGUGAAACGGUCUGUCACUGUGGUGCGUGUGUGCACCCUCUAGGGCCAGUUCUGGACAGUGAUCAGAGACCGGGUAAAUGGUUGGAUUUUUAACAGUCUUUUCAGAUGCAGCCUUUUGCUUAGAAUAAGCCUUGUGGGCUAAAUCUCGCAGCUGUUGAGUAGACAUACUCCGUGGGCAGGCCAAGACUCCCAGAUGAUGACUCACCGCAGGAUGCAGAUUUCGGAGAAACAAAGUCUUAAAGUUGAAAUCUUCCUCCAUUCCUGGCUCGUUUCGGGCUCCGAAGUAGGCCCUUCGUAUUCUGUUGUAGUACGCUUGUGGGGUUUCCAGUCGGCCCUGUUUAAGGUCCAUGGCUGCGAGGAGCCCUUGGUCCGAUUCAGGGUCAGAAAACUCUCUGAUCAGAGCCUGUCGCAGCUGCUGGUAGUCUGAUUUGACAGCUUCUGGCUGCCGAUCUAGAAAACUGCGCACAUCACGGCUAGACGUGAUUCGGAGUAGGUACAACCUGUCCCAGGCAUUCACGUUGGCCACAUUUUGCAGCAGAAAGUCAAUGUCCUGUAAAUACGCGUGCACGUCAACGCCCCCUGCUGGGUCUGGGGUGAAAGUGGGGAUAUUCUUUGCUAGCUUGUCCAGAUCUUUGGGAGCCAUGCCGUGGCUAGUGGCACGGGUUUUCUGGAGAGGCUCCCAACCUUUUGCUGUUGAAGAAGGUUCUUGGCCGCUCGUGAGUGGCAUCUUGGGCAGUGGACUUUCAACACCCUUUUGAACUAGGGAUUCUUGACUGGGCCUACUGGCCAGGAGAAACUCUGUGAAGUGUGCUUCCCCUCCCAAGUCACCUUGCAGUUUAUAAGAAUGUUUCAGUUCUCUGUGAACAGUGUCCAAUUCAUCUCUUAAAUAGUCUCUUUGCUGUUUCAAAGCAAGGAUCUCACUUCGGGCCUGUUUAAGAUGAUUUUCGCAGGCCCGGGCCUUAGCGUCCCUUUCUUUCAGUUCGAUCUCUGCUCUUGCUAGGAGAGUUUCACCUUGUUGGAGUUUUCCAGUUAGUUCCUCCCUGGAUUCCUUUUCCAACUGCUCUUUACGCUCCGCCUCCAAGUGGAGCUCUGCAAGGGCUUUUUGGAGUCUCUCUACCUCCUCUUGCAGCUCGGGGUCGGAUUCAUCCGCUGUCCCACGCUGGUCCUGGGUCUCGAGGAGUAGUUGAUCGAGGUGAUGUUGAGUCUGGGCCUGAUUUCUUCUGGCCUCCCCGGCCUGAAGCUUGAGCGCCGCUGCUUCCUGCUCCAGGAGAGCGUUGCUCCUUUCGCUAAGCUUCACCUGGGCAAUGAGGUUGUGGGCAAGGCCGCCAAUGAGCUUGGCCCAUUCUUUGUGGUUGUAGCUCUGCGUCGGAUCCUGGGCCAUUAGUCGAUUUAGGUCCCCGUCCAACUGCUCACGGCUCAGGUGCUGGAGGUCACCGGCGGCGUUGGGCAGAAAUGCGUUGGUCAUGACGCCCAACCAGGUCUCGAGAUGAUCCCAGUGGGUGUCAGGGCUGGAUGCUCGCGACAUAGUGGCUUUACUGUUGACGAGAGAAAGACAGCACAAAAGAACCAAUGCAAGCUCGCGCAGGACUAGUGCGUUACGUAAUACGUAAUUAGCUAAACUUUGUGUGUGCUUCCAGUUAACUGGUGCAGGCAGUUAGUGGAAUAUAGGCCAGACACUUAUUGUCGAUGGCCAGGAACGACCACGUGGGUUAAUUUGUGUCGGCGAGUGCUGGAUUUAAAUAAAGAUCUUGACAGGCGGAGGCUCUACGAGUCUACUAAUGACUUUGGCUGCUCGGCCGUCUAUCUAUUAUUCAGCUUCCGUGAUGGCUCUCACAGGCUCUGCCUUUAUGUGAAAUAAAAGAGACAAACAGUAGAAAAACAGAACAGAACAGGAUGGCUGCAAUUUAUGAGAAAUAGAACAGUAAACAAAUAGGAAGGAAUGAAAAUAGAAUAGCAAUAAAAUACCACAAGAAGGGCUAGAGGGGAGAAGUGAAACUUCAGCUUAUUACCACAGUAAGGGUUUAUGACCGGGCCUGACGAGGGCGCUGUCGCGUCAUAAAACCUAGAAGGAUAGUAUGGCUUAAGGGCAAAAGGGGUUUUGCCAACACUUCUGAUUGGAGAAUAUCAAAUAUUCUGUGGCUUUCACUGAGCGAAGGGACUGUAUGUCCUUAAUCUCGGCCUGGGGUGAUUUGUGAUUGCUCAGACAAGAACUCAGUGGCGGGGGCAACCUCUCCUAGACGUUCCAACACUUGGCUGUUGUGUUCCUCGGCACCCUGUGCCUUUUGCACUGCGAUGCAACCUCUCAAACAGGGACUUUCAGCACAAUUGCGUGUUUGGGCAAGGUGUUUGCGCCAACGGCCAGAUUGGCGGCCAAAAUUGUAUUUUUCCCAACCCCAGAGUCUGACCCCGCAGGCAGUUACUCAAAGGGCGGUUCUGUCGUGCAGAAACAGGGAAAUUAAACAAAAUUGCCUUUGUUGCCAACCUGGACUCGUUGCCUCCUUGCACCUGACACACCCAACCUGCUGAUGUCCCUGCGUGUUGCCCGCGGUACGAGGUCAGAAGUGACUGAGGUUCACCCACAGCCAGUGAGAGAUCCGCCAGGCUAGUUUACUCCGCUCACUGGAACUCACUGGAACAACCGUCAACUCACCACCGGUCGCUAGAGGGCCCUAUUUGCAAAUACACAAGUGGUCACGCAAACACAGCUUACUUGUAAAUUUAAAUCUUAAUUUAAAUCUUGUUUAAACUGAAUUUAAAUAAUCAAGUGUGUAGGACGAAAGAAUAGGGGUCUAGAAUGACAGUCAGAAUGAAUUAGCUGAAAGCAGAAAAGAAAAAAAAUAAGGCAAAGUAAAAAAACAA